UCCUGAAAAAAAAAACAGGGCUAAAGUGCAGGAUUCACGACUCAAACACACACACUCUCUCUCGGCGUCACCCUUUCUCCCUCUGAAGCCGCACCAGCCACCGCGCGUCCACGCCAGAGCUACCACCGCCGACCGGGGAGUCUGCCAACCGAAAGAGGCCGCAGCCAACUCUGAAAGUCCGAAUUUAGCUUUAUACAGAUUAAAUGGCAGCCACUACAAGCUCGAUUUCAGUCUCCUCCCCGUCCUCUUCAUUGUCCUCAAGUUCUCGACGUUAUCUUUCCACUUUGGUUCAUUCCCAGCAUUGUUCGUUUUUAAGGAACAAUUUGACUCUGAAUAAAUCCUUAAAAGGAAGUCCGAGUUUCCGAGUUGUGGCUGUCUCAAUGGCCCCUCAAACUCAGGAGAAAGGUUCAUACUCCUUCCUCGACCGGAAGGAGAGUGGGUUUCUUCAUUUCGUCAAGUACCAUGGACUCGGCAAUGACUUCAUUUUGGUUGACAAUAGAGACUCAAUGGAGCCGAAGGUCACCCCUGAGCAAGCAGUGAAGCUAUGUGAUCGGAAUUUUGGAGUGGGUGCUGACGGGGUGAUCUUUGCAAUGCCUGGAACUAAUGGCACUGAUUAUACUAUGAGGAUUUUCAAUUCUGACGGAAGUGAGCCAGAGAUGUGUGGAAAUGGAGUGAGAUGCUUUGCCAGAUUCAUUGCUGAGCUCGAGAACUUACAUGGAAAACACAGUUUCACUGUCCAUACUGGUGCUGGUUUAAUUGUCCCUGAGAUUCAAGAAGAUGGCAAGGUUAAAGUCGAUAUGGGUGAACCAAUACUCACAGCUCUUGAUGUACCUACAAAACUGCCUGCAAACAAGGACUCUUCUGUUGUUAAAUCAGAUAUAGUAGUUGAUGGAGAAACCUGGAGUGUUACUUGUGUCAGCAUGGGAAAUCCACAUUGUGUUACUUUUGGUAGAAAAGGAGAGCAGAAUAUGGUGGUAGAUCAAAUCAAAUUGGCUGACAUUGGACCAAAAUUUGAGCACCAUGAUGUGUUUCCUGCACGAACUAACACUGAAUUCGUUCAAGUUUUCUCUAGGUCACACCUAAAGAUGCGUGUUUGGGAGCGUGGUGCAGGGGCUACUUUAGCCUGUGGAACAGGAGCUUGUGCAGUUGUGGUUGCUGCGGUGCUCGAGGGCCGAUCUGAUAGAAAUUGCACUGUUGAUCUUCCUGGAGGGCCACUGGAGAUUGAAUGGAGGGAGGAAGACAAUCAUAUUUACAUGACAGGCCCAGCCGAAGUAGUGUUUUAUGGAUCAGUGCCCCUCUGAUUGUUUUACCCAUGUGGCUUUUCCCGUGCGGGUUUUUGGUGCUUGUAUUGAACAUUUGACAAGGUUAGAUUGGAAAUUACUGAAAUAUUUGAAUGCAUCAACUCAGGGUUGCCUAAUUUGCUAAACCCUCGUGAAUUGCGAUCCGGAAAAGGUGAAUUGUUGCAUGCAAUACUUUUGGGACAACAAAAUUAGGUAGCAAAUGGUUUUCCCGUAUUCAUUUAUGUACCACGAAUGAAAUAACAUUGCAUCGACUUGUAGACUUAUUUUUGUAUCACAUUUGUAGCAAACAUGGCUUUUUGUUAAUGAAUGCCAAAUUGCUUUAAAGCA